AUGUCCUCGGAGACGGAAAGCACAGUCGCCGACGACGACUUGAAACUGCGGACGGACCUCUCUAUGCCCCACGUCGAGAAGGUGUACGACGAGGACUUGCGCGGCUUCUGCUACGAGAUUGCCGGGUCUAACGUCCAUGUCGAUUUGCCGAUGGCCAAGAAAGUUUCUCCAAAACCCAGUUUGGAGAUCCAAACCACGUAUCUCUUGCUGCUGAUGAAGCACGUGGGACGGGACUUCACCUUCGAGUGCGGCGUGAAAGACACCCAGUCGGUGGUCCGCCGCGCCCGUUUCUCAACCAGUUCUCCCCGCAUUCGCAACUCUCAGUUCACACACAGCAUUUUCCUGGAGACGCUGCCGGGGUGGCAGCUUUAUUACAUCGACUUCGUGGACUUAAUGAAGACGUGCUUUGGCCAAGAGUUUCGGUGUCUGCAGUCGCUCUCGAUCGGCUCAACUGUGCGCGUCAAAGCGGUCCUCUCCACGAGCCAGGAUCCGCUGAGCUUCUCGCCUGCCGAACUUCUGUCGUCUCUGAUGCUGAACCACUGGCCGGGCGGGGGCCACCCCGCGUUCACGCUGCUGGUGGGUGAGGCCCUUGUGUCCCGUCGGAAGGAGGUACAGCUGGAGGCGAUCCAGACGCAGGCGUUGCACACACAGGUACCGCCUUGGGAGCGGGACUUGUCCGCUGCCAUUGACUUUUGCGAGCCGCCGCCGCCGAAGGGGCUGGACACGCAGAGCGAAGAUUUGUGGACUCCGAGUUUAGACGUUAUUGAGGAAGACGUGGCGAAAAACACCGCGGACACGGAGGACGUGGAGAGUGUGGGAAGUGAGGGUGAAAUCGGCAGCAUCCGCGUGGAGGCAGGUGCCAAGGUGAACAGUCGAGAGAGUGCCGGGUGCCGAACCGCGCUGUGA